GCGGGAGUGGAGUCGGCGGGACGUGCUGGUGUACUCCAUCUCCCGGCGGGCCGAGCGCUGAAGGCGGCGGCGCGGCGCCUUUGUGGAAGCGGUGGCCCCGCGCGGAGGAAGUUCCGGUCUCCGCGGUGCUGGGUCGGUGGCGGCAGCUGAGAGGAAGGAGGAGCGGGCCGUGGAGGCUGCGCUGCCUCGGUAUUGCUGUAACCGGAGUUUUUUAGAAAAAGGAUCUGCUUAUUGGGCCCCUCUUGACAUAGAAAGAGAUGUGGGGGGAUUCUCGAUCUACUAAUAGAACAGGACCUUUUCGUGGGAGCCAAGAAGAAAGGUUUGCUCCCGGGUGGAACAGGGAUUAUCCUCCUCCUCCCCUUAAGAGUCAUGCUCAAGAGAGACACUCUGGCAACUUUCCUGGCAGAGAUUCACUUCCCUUUGAUUUCCAGGGGCAUUCGGGGCCUCCUUUUGCAAAUGUAGAGGAGCAUUCUUUCAGCUAUGGAGCUAGAGAUGGAUCACAUGGUGACUAUCGAGGAGGGGAGGGUCCUGGACAUGAUUUCAGGGGGGGAGAUUUUUCAUCUUCUGAUUUUCAGAGCAGAGAUUCAUCACAGUUGGACUUCAGGGGUAGGGACAUACAUUCUGGGGAUUUUCGGGAAAGAGAAGGACCACCUAUGGACUAUAGGGGUGGAGAUGGUACUUCUAUGGAUUAUAGAGGUAGGGAGACACCUCAUAUGAAUUACAGAGACAGGGAUGCUCACGCUGUUGACUUUAGAGGUAGGGAUGCUCCUCCAUCUGACUUCAGGGGCCGGGGCACUUAUGAUUUAGAUUUUAGAGGCCGGGAUGGAUCCCAGGCAGAUUUUAGGGGGAGGGAUUUAUCAGAUUUGGAUUUCAGGGCCAGAGAUCAGUCCCGUUCUGAUUUUAGGAAUAGAGAUGUAUCUGAUUUGGACUUCAGGGACAAAGACGGACCACAGGUGGACUUUAGAGGUCGAGGUUCAGGUACUACUGAUCUAGACUUUAGGGACAGGGAUACGCCACAUUCAGAUUUCAGAGGUAGACACCGGUCCAGGACUGACCAGGAUUUUAGGGGCAGAGAGAUGGGACCUUGUAUGGAAUUUAAAGAUAGGGAGAUGCCCCCUGUGGAUCCAAAUAUGUUGGAUUACAUUCAGCCCUCUACACAAGAUAGAGAGCAUUCUGGUAUGAAUGUGAACAAGAGAGAAGAAUCCACACAUGAUCAUACAAUAGAAAGGCCUGCUUUUGGCAUUCAGAAGGGAGAAUUUGAGCAUUCAGAAACAAGAGAAGGAGAAACACAAGGUGUAGCCUUUGAACAUGCAUCUGCACCAGACUUUCAGAACAGCCAAAGUCCAACUCAAGACCAAGAUAAGUCACAGCUUUCUGGAGGUGAACAACAGAGUUCAGAUGCUGGUCUGUUUAAAGAAGAAGGUGGUCUGGACUUUCUUGGCCGGCAAGACACUGAUUACAGAAGCAUGGAGUACCGUGAUGUGGAUCACAGGCUGCCAGGAAGCCAGAUAUUUGGCUAUGGCCAGAGCAAGUCUUUUCCAGAGGGCAAAACUGCCCGAGAUGCCCAGCGGGAUCUCCAGGAUCAAGAUUAUAGGACUGGCCCAAGUGAGGACAAACCCAGCAGGCUUAUUCGAUUAAAUGGAGUGCCUGAAGAUACCACAAAAGAAGAGAUUCUUAAUGCCUUCCGGACUCCUGAUGGUAUGCCUGUAAAGAACUUGCAGUUGAAGGAGUAUAACACAGGUUACGACUAUGGCUAUGUCUGCGUGGAGUUUUCACUCUUGGAAGAUGCCAUCGGAUGCAUGGAGGCCAACCAGGGAACUCUAAUGAUCCAUGACAAAGAGAUUACCUUCAACUAUGUACCAAGCCCAGAUUUUUGGUACUGCAAACGAUGUAAGGCCAGCACUGGUGGGCACCGAUCUUCAUGUUCAUUCUGCAAGUGCUCAAGAGAAGUUAUUGAGGCCAAGCAAGAAUUAAUAACCUAUCCUCAGCCUCAGAAAACAUCUUUACCAGCACCAUUGGAAAAACAAUCCAACCAGUCCCCAAGACCAACUGAUAAGGAACCUGAACCCAGGAAGAGGGAAGAAGGACAAGAACCACACUUGGGGCAUCAAAAAAGAGAAGCAGAAAGAUAUCGAAGAGAAGGGCUCUCUUUCCGAAGAGACCGAGAGAAGGAGCCAUGGUCUGGAGAGACACGCCAGGAUGUGGAGAGCAAAACAAUCAUGCUAAAACGCAUCUAUCGUUCCACUCCACCUGAGGUGAUAGUGGAAGUGCUCGAGCCCUAUGUCCGCCUUACUACUGCCAACGUCCGAAUCAUCAAGAAUAGAACAGGUCCUAUGGGCCACACUUAUGGCUUUAUUGACCUUGACUCCCAUGCGGAAGCUCUUCGUGUAGUGAAGAUCUUGCAGAACCUUGACCCUCCAUUUAGCAUUGAUGGGAAGAUGGUAGCUGUAAACCUGGCCACUGGAAAACGAAGAAAUGAUUCUGGGGACCAUUCUGACCAUAUGCAUUACUAUCAGGGUAAAAAAUAUUUCCGAGAUAGGAGGGGAGGUGGCAGAAAUUCAGACUGGUCUUCAGAUACAAAUCAACAAGGACAACAGUCAUCAUCUGACUGCUACAUAUAUGAUUCUGCUACUGGCUACUAUUAUGACCCCCUGGCAGGAACUUAUUAUGACCCCAAUACCCAGCAAGAAGUCUAUGUGCCCCAGGAUCCUGGGUCACCUGAAGAAGAAGAGAUCAAGGAAAAGAAACCCACCAGUCAAGGAAAGUCAAGUAGCAAGAAGGAAACGUCUAAAAGAGAUGGCAAGGAGAAAAAAGACAAAGGAGUAACAAAGUUUCAGGAAAAUGCCAAUGAAGGGAAGGUCCCCCCAGAGGACGUCUUUAAGAAGCCCCUGCCUCCUACCAUGAAGAAGGAAGAGAGUCCCCCUCCACCCAAGGUGGUGAACCCACUGAUUGGACUUCUGGGUGAAUAUGGAGGAGACAGUGACUAUGAGGAUGAAGAGGAAGAGGAACAGACCCCUCCCCAGCAACCCCGCACAGCACAACCCCAGCAGCGAGAGGAGCUGACCAAGAAAGAAAAUGAAGAAGACAAACUCACGGACUGGAAUAAACUAGCUUGUCUGCUCUGCAGAAGGCAGUUUCCCAAUAAAGAAGUUUUGAUCAAACACCAGCAGCUGUCAGACCUGCACAAGUGAUCGUAAACCUGUUGAUAAAGACGAUAUCGACACUAGCAGCAAAGGAGGCUGUGUCCAACAGGCCACUGGCUGGAAGAAAGGGGCAGGCCUGGGAUAUGGCCAUCCUGGAUUGGCUUCAUCAGAGGAGG